AUGGGCCGCCUUCUUUUUGUGCAAUAUCCUAACAUCGUUGCGCAUAGAUGGCUUAGCUUGGUGGUUGGACGGCGCAGUUCGAUGCAGAAAUCGGACUUUGAGUCUUGCCCCUAUCCAGACGGACAACCAACGUUGAUGGCACUCUGCCAAUUCGCCAACAUACUUGAAGAAGCUAUCGAGUCAAUCUACAACAAACGCACCGACUCCCUACGUCAACUAUACGGGAAAGCCGAGAAGCUCUAUAGCCAUGUCCGGCAAUAUGGCGAGAAGUGGGGGCUGGGCACAGCAGCUUCUAUACAACGGGUAGACGCGUGGAAUGCCGAAACUAGUCUUCUUCUACACAACGUUUACUUUCACGUAGUUCUCCUCAUCUUCCGCCCGUUCCUAAUUGCCGAAGCGGCUCUGCAAUCAGGGGAAGGGUCUGGCGGGAUAGGCGACAUAUGGCUUCGACAAGCCUGCAGACACGCGACAGAUGCUGCACAAGAUGCACUGGCUUUCACCUGGAACAUGCUGCGCAGUCCUGAGGAAUGCAACACACGCCGAUACCAUGCAUUCUUCAUCGAGUCUUCCUGCGCCGUUCUACUAUACGACAGCUUGCGCCACCCAGCGAAGCACCCCCACAACCUCGAAUUUAUCCAGAUGGCGAUCUCCUGCCUGCGCUCUCUAGUGGGGGACGAUCCUGUGACAAAUGCUAUACACUCCAUCAAGAGAAUCGUAUGGGCUGUAGAGCAAUCCAUCAACGCAGCCAAGUCCACAGGCGCAUUCUUGGAUGUUGCUUCUGCCGACUCGUCGCCGGCGUGGACUGAUGAUCGCUUCCCGACGAACAUACAAUUCCCGUCGCUGGAAGAGAAUAGGGCGACAACGUCGGAUGAUUUGAUCUUCUUCAGCAACAGAGCUUACCGGCCACAGCCUGAACCUAUCACGGAUUACAGCAUGCCAAUGUCCGGGGCCGGUUCGGUGGGAAAUCCAUUCCCUGACUUGAAUUUCGACGUGCUCACGACAGAUCUGUUCAACUUCUUCCCAGUUGACAUGAACUCGGGGCCUCCCGGACAUGGAGGGGCAUAG